CCGCUCUUCCACACCAACACAGCCCACGCGGCGUGGGCGUGCGCCCCCCCAGGCCCCACCCCGCCAUGACAUGGCGGCGAGGGGAGGGGCGGCGGCCGGGGACCCGGCGGGGAAGCGGCCCCGCGGCGCGGCGCGGCCGGGCGAUGGGGCUGCUGGCGCUGGCAGUUCUCUGCGGGCUGCUGCGGGCGGGCAGCGCCGCCCUCCCGGCGCCCGCGGGCACCCGGCCUGGGGAGAGGGGCGGCGGUGCGGGCCGCCCUCCGUGGGACGCGGGCGGCCAAGAGAAAGAAGAGGCGGCGGCCCUCCGGGAAAGUGCUAAAAGAAUUAGAUUACUGAAUUCACCAUCAAAAGAUAAUACAACUGCUUUCUAUGGAAUAAAUCAGUUUUCUCACCUGUUUCCUGAAGAGUUCAAAGCUAUUUACUUAAGAAGCAUACCUCACAAACUUCCCAGAUACAUAAAAGUGCCAAAGGGAAAGGAGAAACCUUUGCCGAAGAAGUUUGACUGGAGGGACAAGAAAGUAAUUGCAGAAGUGAGAAAUCAGCAAACAUGUGGAGGCUGCUGGGCUUUCAGCGUUGUGGGUGGUAUAGAGUCUGCCUAUGCAAUUAAAGGAAAUAACCUGGAAGAACUCAGCGUGCAGCAGGUUAUUGACUGUUCAUACAAUAAUUACGGCUGCAAUGGGGGAUCCACUGUUAGUGCUUUGAGCUGGCUGAACCAGACUAAAGUAAAACUCGUGAGAGAUUCUGAAUAUACUUUUAAAGCUCAAACAGGACUAUGCCAUUAUUUUGGUCACUCAGAUUUUGGAGUUUCAAUAACAGGAUUUGCUGCAUAUGACUUCAGCGGUCAAGAAGAAGAAAUGAUGAGGAUGCUCGUUAACUGGGGCCCUUUGGCGGUGACAGUAGAUGCAGUUAGCUGGCAGGAUUAUCUUGGUGGGAUCAUACAAUAUCACUGCUCCAGUGGAAGAGCAAAUCAUGCUGUUCUUAUCACUGGUUUUGACAGAACAGGUAGUAUCCCAUACUGGAUCGUGCAGAACUCUUGGGGGCCUACUUGGGGAGUAGAUGGCUAUGUUCGUGUGAAGAUAGGUGGCAACGUCUGUGGUAUAGCAGAUACAGUUUCAUCAGUAUUCGUUUGACACUGACCGGCCAAAGACCACAAGUAUCAUUUGGACACACAGUGUAUAUGAAGAUUUACUUCAAAACAACAUCUUCUAAAAUAAGAAGUUGCUGUAAGGGCAAUUCCUGCUUUUAGGCAGUACAGGAAUGGGUUGGCUGGAGUUUUUAAAAAUGUUUUUAUUUGGAAUGUGUGUUAUGCAUCCAAUCUGUCAUGGAAUAAGAAGACUCAGAAUCAACUGCAGAGAACCUGAAAAAGAAGUUACAAAGAUGGACUGAAACUGCGAGUGUGAGCUCUAUCCAGGUGUUGACUACUACUCCACAAAGAAAUCUUACAAAGAAGUGAUGACAAACGACAAGGAAUUUGGAUCAAAUAAUCAAUAGUAUGACAGAGUAAAAUUGAAAUGCUUUGAAGAUAAGAAGAACCAUGAUUAGGUCUGCUUUUAUUAGGUAGGGAGGAAGGGCAGUUGGAAGAAAAUUCUCUGUUUUUCUUUGAUACUUGUCUUGGCUUUUCUAGCACCUCUGACAGACAGACACAUUUUGUCUUCCUCCUUUUUGUGAAAACCUACUUUUUUUUUCCUGAAGUUAGAAGAAUAGAGGAGGGAAAUGGAUAGUCAGAGUUGUUUCCUGAGCACCCCAUGUCUCUGAAGUGCUGCAGUCCUUUAGUUUCAGUCUUCAGACCUUUAUUGGGCAAAUACAACUUCAGAGGUUUUCAGAGCAGGGAACGUGUUUUGUAAAGUGCCUGGUAGAUCACAGAGUUCUGCAUUCAUUUGUUAGGGGGAUGGAAAAGGAAGAAGUAACUGUAUUUAGACAGACAGAGGCAGUUCUAGUGGUUUAACAUCCUGUGUCCUGGCAGGAUAUAUGUGUUUGCAAAUCAGCCUUUCCGUGCGUUGAGAGCUGUGUCAGUUCCAUGCCUUCUCUACCUCAUGACUAACAGCGAAGCCAGUUGCGAAACAGAAAUUAAAAACUUAUUUAUUACGGAAAAAAUUGUGAGGGUGCGUUUUGUUAAUAUAUACUUGCAGCCUUUAGAAAAUCAGCAGUUAGGGAAUACUCCAAAUAGAGUGGGUGUUAAAUUUCCCUAUGUUAAUUGAAUUCAUAGGUGGGACUUGCUGGGAAUCAAAAAGGGGCUCCAGCUUUGCUGACCUGUAAAACUGCGGCUGGAGGUAAAUGUAACUCGAAUUCACACCCGAACACGUGAUUCUAAGAUGCUCCGAAUCUUUCGCCUCGAAUGCUUUACCUGUGUCUUUUAUGAAGCACUACUAUGAAAAAGUAUUGAAGCAACUCUGUAAUUUUUGCACUCAAUUACUGUACCAUGUUAAUAGAUCAGUGUAUUAUAACCUUUUUAUGACAAAUGCAAUGAGUGUUCAUAAUUGUUUAUUGUAAGUAUUGCCAUUUUAGUCCUUCUGAGUGUUAAUAUUUUAAAUGGAAGACUAAGUGUGAUGUUUCACUACUACAGGUUCUGGUACUUACUGAAUUUACUAGCUGAAAACUUUAGAUUAACAAAAGGGGAAGCCUUCUGUAGUCUUAGUCUUCUGUACUAUGGCCUUCCCUUAGCAGUUUACAGACAACAAAUGGCACACUUCCAUAACUAGGAAACAACAGCCAAAGUUCCUAAUUGGCAUUGAUAAGAGCUGUGUUGUUACAGUAGUAUCAAACACAGAUAUUCCAACAGUGGUUUUGAGGUGGUGCUACCACCAGCCAUAAGUACCUAAAGCACUAAGAUACAGAGCAACUCACCAGAAAUUAAGGCCGACAGCGUAUGUGUAUUUCCAAGGGAAGCAUUUAAAAAGACGAGGAGAGUCCAUCUAAUGAGAAGAUGACACAGCUUUAUCAAUAUGCCAUAGCCAAGUUUGCCUUGCUUUUAUUAUAUAUCAAUUUUAUCCUUAUUUCAAUUAUAUUUCAAAUAAAAACCACUUUAAAUGCC